AGGCAGCGAGGGCUCGGAAGGUGCCUGUCCCAGCCACGCCAUGGACACACGGACUGUGCCCCACGCCUACCCCAUGAGCUCCGAGUACGAGUUCGCCAACCCCAGCAAGAUCUACGACCAGAACUUUGGAGAAGGUGUGUCCCCAUCCGAGAUUUUAGCCCCUGCCCUGUACCAUGGCUACUACAUCAGGCCUCGCAUCAACAAGCAGCUGGACCGAGGCACCUCUGAGAUCUGCCUCAAUGAGCACAAAUUCCAGGUGUUCCUGGAUGUCUGCCAGUUCCUGCCGGAUGAGCUGACCGUCCGCACUGUGGACAACCUGCUGGAGGUGAUGGGGCAGCACCCACAGAAGGCUGAUCGCCAUGGCUUCAUCUCCAGGGAGUUCACCAGGACCUACAUCCUCCCCCUGGAUGUUGACCCCUUGCUGGUGAGAGCCACCUUGUCCCACGAUGGCAUCUUGAGCAUUGUGGCUCCCCGAACGGGGAAGGAGCUGAAGGCCAGAGUCAAUGAGGUGAAGAUAACCCAACAGGAGCAGCCAGUGGGGAAAGAAGAACAGUCUGAGGAAGGAAAAGAGACUGAAAAGCCCUAAGGGACCCAGAUCUGGGCAUGCACAGGGAAGUGGGGGGGACAGGGAUGGGAGAUUUAUGGUGCCAGAACCCU